CAUUGUUUAAAUUUUAAAGUCAUGAGAAUGAGUAAGCUGUUAACCUGUAGAUUAGAUGCUCUGCAAAAGUGCCAGAAAGCCCAUAGUUAACAUCCUUCUUUCAAACUGUGAGGUCAUGCCAAUGAGUAAGCUGUUAACCCGUAGAUUUCUGUAGAUGCUCUGCUCAACCACAGACUAGCAAACAAAUGAGUAGGAGUGUUAUCCACGGUAACUGUCUGUGCUUCCUGGCAUAUCUCAGAAUGCUGAAAAAGUGCCAAAAAAAGCAGUAAUCUGCAGCAUACAGUGGGAUUGAACAAAAAGGGCCAAAACUCCUCCCCUUCAUCUGAAGAACAACCCCAUAAAAAAUGUCAAUGUAAAGAGAUGCAAGAGCUGGUGUGAAGAGGAAAUGAAAGUCAGACCUGGAUCGUGACUCACAAAUCAACUGCAAAAGGAAACUGAAGGAUGGAUGAAGCCCACAGCAGCAAAGACAUUGAGCUGAGCCAAGCUCACGAAGAUGCCACUAAGACUGAUGAACGCCCCAAAUGGGACAAUAAAGUUCAGUACCUAUUGACGUGCAUUGGAUUUGCUGUCGGCUUGGGGAACGUAUGGAGGUUCCCUUACUUGUGUCAGGUAUAUGGAGGAGGUGCAUUUCUAAUCCCAUACCUCAUAGCACUGGUGUUUGAGGGGCUUCCACUGCUUCAUAUGGAACUGGCUAUUGGUCAGAGACUCCGCAUGGGCAGCAUAGGGGUUUGGAACUCAAUCUCACCUUAUCUAGGAGGAGUAGGUGUGGCCUCAAUGACUGUGUCAUUUUUAGUUGGCUUGUUUUACAACACUAUACUGGCUUGGGUUCUGUGGUAUUUCUUCCAUUCAUUCCAAAACCCACUGCCAUGGCAGUCGUGUCCGGUUAAUGCUAACCUCACUGGAUACGUUAUGGAAUGUGAGCAGAGCACUCCAGUGAACUACUUUUGGUACAGAGAGACACUGAAUAUCACUCCUAACAUUACAAUUAAUGGGGAUCUUCAGUGGUGGCUAGUUGUAUGUCUGGCUUCAGCUUGGGGUAUUGUCUAUAUCUGCUUCAUCCGAGGCAUAGAGACCAUCGGCAAGGCUGUGUAUGUCACAGCUACCUUCCCAUAUCUUGUGCUCACCAUCUUUCUGAUCCGGGCAUUAACUCUGCCAGGAGCUACUAUAGGAUUGCGCCACCUCUUUACACCAAAUUGGGAAACCCUGAAAAGCCCAACAGUGUGGUUGGAUGCAGCAACUCAGAUAUUCUUCUCUCUGUCUCUUGCAUUCGGAGGCCUUAUUGCAUUUUCCAGCUAUAACCCACAAAAAAACAACUGUGAGCGAGAUGCUCUGAUUGUUGGCUGCAUCAACAGUGCUACCUCAAUCUAUGCGUCAAUUCCAAUUUUUUCCAUCCUGGGAUUUAAAGCACUGUCCAGCUAUAAUGAUUGUGUAAACAGUAAUAUUCAGGAGUUGAUGAAUGCUUUUAAUAUUCCGGAUAUGAAUAUAACAGAGGAAAAUUAUGAUUCAUACUUGAAACAUCUUAAUGCUACAGAUCCACGCAUGGUGCAGCAACUAAAUCUGAGAACAUGUAAUCUCCAAGCACUGCUUGAUCAGAGUGCCUCAGGCACAGGUUUGGCUUUCAUCGUGUUCACUGAGGCCGUGAUAAAGAUGCCGGGGUCUCAGGUCUGGGCCGUGCUCUUCUUCAUUAUGCUUUUCAGUCUUGGACUUUCGUCAAUGUUUGGAAAUCUGGAGGGAGUCCUGACUCCUCUGCUGGACCUUCACCUAGUGCCCAAGUGCAUUCCUAAGGAGAUUUUCACAGGUCUGAUUUGCCUGGUUUCCUUCAUUGUGGCACUCAUCUUCACUAUGGGAUCUGGAAACUACUGGCUGGCCAUAUUCAAUAACUAUGUAGGUUCCUUGCCUCUGCUGGUCAUCGCCUUUUUUGAGAUCACAGCCGUGAUUUACAUCUAUGGAGGCAACAGAUUCAGUGAUGAUAUAGAGUGGAUGACGGGACGCAGACCCAACCUGUACUGGCAAGCUACAUGGAGAGUGAUUAGUCCUUUGAUGCUUCUGGUGGUCUUUUUCGCUUAUUUGGUUGUACAGGCACAACAAAAACCCACCUAUGAAGCAUGGAACCCUGAUUAUGUGAAUUUUCCUGCUCCUGAAAUCCUGACAUAUCCUGGCUGGGUCUACAGCAUCUGUAUUCUCCUGGCUGCUGUUCCCUGCUCACUUAUUCCACUUUGGGCACUUUAUCACUUUAUAAAAUUUUUACAUAAGCGCCUAGCGGACAGACUAGCUACAAGAUGUUAUGAUAAUGAAGGAUACGAGGUAGAAACAUAAUCUAUUAUAUAUAUUACUUUUUAUUAUGGAUCAUAAAAACAUCAAAUGUAUGGUUGUGUUUUGUAUACUGACACCAAAAAGAUUAUAUACUGUCAUCAUUUGUAUUGUGUCCUUUGUUUUUAAAUCGAAUACUGUAUUUAACAUUACUAAAGUAAUGUAAAUGGACUGCUCUUUGUUUAAGAACACAUUAUAUAAAUUAAUAUAUAAUAAUACUUUAUAUGCAUAAUAAUUAGGUUAUUCUCUAAGUUGACAAUGUUUCUCCAGUCUCUGCGCAAUAAAUAACAAAAUCUGCACAGCAACUUUAUAAUUUUUUAUAAAUGGUUUUAGGGUAUUGUUUUGUUCAUUUUGUCAUAUUUUGUCUUUAAACUAUCAGCAUUCUAAUAUAUUUUGGAAUAUAUGGAAGUUUAUAAUGUUUAUAUGUAUGUUUGAAUGAAAUGACAAAGGGAGUCAUUUAGGUUAGACAGUUUUUGAAAAAGAAAAAAAAAAAGUAAUAAACUGUUUGGUCACUGAACAAAUAUGUCCCUGUGUACUUCCUUGUCUGAUAAGAUGGAUCUGUUUGUUUUGGUUCAAAUAAAAGUGAUGAUUGCUAUGAUACAAGGAAAAUGGUAUCAAUAAAACAACUUGCCCCAUCAUUCAGUUAAUUAUUAAAAGCAAUUACAUUUUUGUAAUAGACAUCUUAAAGAAUAAACAAAUCAUAAUAAUUUAAAUAAAGAAUAAAUAAUUAUAAUAAAGAAUAAAAAAAACCCUCUAUUUGUUUAACAAUAUCAGAAUGAAUGAACUCAUUUGUUCAGACCAGAGAGGAGAAAAACAGGAUGUCUGAUAUCACCUUAUGUUGUUUGUAGAUUAGUGCUCUAUCAGCAGUACAUGUCUUGUGUAUAGUGAAUCACAGCUUAUGGAGACUAUAUAUUUGCUGUGUUCCUGAUCAUUUAGAUAACGUUUCAUUAGAGUGUAGAACAGUAGAGCUGUAUCGUUACACUCCCCCAUGUUAUCUAUAGUCAUUGUCGAAGAGAGAAUAGACCGAGAGCUAUGAGUUUAACUUGCAUUAAUGAUAAGCCAUAGAGGAGAAUAACUAUCUUCUAUGGUUCAGUUAAAAGCUGUUGCAAAGAACUUUUCUUGCAAAGAGUUGAGAAACUAAAUAUAACUGAGUUUCUCAAUCUUUCCAAAUGUUUGUGUGAGAGGGUCACACAGUCUCACAGCAUUUCUUGAUAUUGUAAGGAACUUUAAUUUAUCGAUUCGUAUUCAUGGACAUGAAUUUCUCUCUUUCUUUGUGUCAUUCAGCAUGAGAAGAUAAUUGGUAAUGCUGACAAAAACUACAAAGGCAAUAUUUUUUAACCAUUUUUAUCAAAGAAUAAGGCCAAAAAUAUACGGUUCGGGCAAGGGUAAGGGUUAAGGUUAGGGUAAGGUUUAUACUGCUAAAUGUGUGUCUGUAAUUAUCGCAGUCUCCUUAAUUUACCCGGCAGAAUAAAUUUACUGUAUUUUGACUGGAAGGAACCACUGAUGAUGGUCUAUAAUAGCGAGUACCUUACUGAAUAUAAAGCAAUAAAAACAAGGAUAAAAUCUCCUGUUUAAACAUUGAGUAAUAGUGCAUGAAGAUUAAAAAAUCAAUAACAAACGAGAGAAAAAAACAAUUCAGCAUCUGUAGUAUCCAAUGCCAAUAAGAAAACUUUGGCAGAGGCACCAAGAAUACUUCCUAUUGAAAUACAUUACAUAGAAAGUCAUCUUCAUUGACACGAGAAAAAAGGGGGAAUUUGUGUCUAUGAACAAGAAUCAAUAGAUUACAUUUCGUGACUAUAUCACGAAAUGGCGUGAGACUGGGCUGGAGAGGAAGAAUCACCUCAAUUAGUCAUUUAGCAGACAC